GGAAGUGACGUGUGCAGUCUUCCGCUGCUGUCAAGGGCAUCUAAAACUCACGUUAGCCGAGUAUAGCAGCAGAGGGGCUCACACGUGCAUUUAAAGUAAAUCGAUACAGCUCCAGUUUCGGUAACGACUCCGGUGAACAUGGACGGGUUCGGUUCAGACUUCUCAUCCGGCGGCUCGGGGGGUAAGGUGGACACCGGGACGAUCAUGGAGCAGGUCAAGGUCCAGAUCGCAGUGGCUAACGCUCAGGAGCUGCUGCAGAGAAUGACAGACAAAUGCUUCAAGAAGUGCAUAGGUAAACCUGGCAGCACGCUGGACAACUCUGAGCAGAAAUGUAUUGCCAUGUGUAUGGACCGGUAUAUGGACGCCUGGAACACCGUGUCCAGAACAUACAACUCCAGACUACAGAGGGAAAGAGCUCGCAUGUGAAAAUCCCUCUCUUCGUCCUUACAUUACCUUCCUCGGGCUGCUGCUCACGGUGAGGAGGAGCACAGUGUUUCCGCUGGAGGCCAGGAGCUGUGCACAGGUGUGACGUGGCAGCAGCUCGCCAUCAUCAUCAUCACAAUACCUCACAGACAGACAGUCAAGCGCAGCCUGUGGACUCUAGCCAUAACAAGAGUCUAUGCUGACGUUUUCAUUUUGUUCUGAGGAACAGUUAAGAAACAACAUUUUAUUAUUUGUGUUAUGUUAUGAAUAAAUAAUCUUCUGGUUAACAAAUGAACAUGUAUUUUAAAAAGCUGCAUGUUUAAAGACAUAUCGGUAACAAGAAUUGGAAACUUUAAAUUGCCUGUUGGAAUGAACAUACGUGUCAUUAAGUACUAGCCCUGUGAUUGACUGGCGAUCUGUCUAAAGAAAUUUGGAGUAAUUAUUGCAGUUGUUUACUUAACAGUGUGGCUUCAAUAGAAACACUGAAACCACCUUGUCUUUAAAUUAAGGUUGAAAGUUUCUUGUGUUUAAGAGUCUCUACAAUUGGGACACAUACCUGUAAUAAUUGUAAACAGGACGAAUGUCUCAGUCGCCACAAUUGCUCCAUAAAAUACAAUCAGCAUUGUUUUGUUUGCCAAUUCUUUUCAAUGUCUUCAUGCUCAGAGAGAGACUUAACAUUUCUUUGUGUAGAAAAUAAGCUGCACAACUGGAGCCCUUAAGGGACAACACAGGCUUUAGUUAACAUGCUUUUAAACUGAAAGACCUACUUAAAAUCAAAAGGAAGACUUGAGGACCAACUUGGUGUUUUCACAACCGUGAACCUGACAUUCACAAGCCUCCAAACAGUCCUAUAUCAAAGUACGCCUGGAGAACAAAACAGUUUUGUCUGACCUGUUUUCUAGUUGUCACUCUAUCUGCCACCCUCCACAGUAGUGGGCUUGUUUCAGCAGGGUCUGCCUUGCUGUACGCGGGGUAGUGAACCUUUCUCAGCUGUAUGUGCACACCUUGUCAGAUGUCUGCUAACCACCAAACCUUUUAUCCCCCAAUCCUGCUGAGUUUAUGUAAUUAUGUUUAAUUAAGAGCAACAAAAGCUUGUGAACAUUAUUUGCAGUAUGUGAGCAAAUUAAAUUAUGUUCAUGAAAAAUCAAUAAAUCUUGUUUAUCAGA